AUGAAUCCAGAAUACGACUACCUUUUUAAGCUUUUGCUUAUUGGAGAUUCUGGCGUUGGCAAAUCAUGUCUUCUUCUGAGAUUUGCUGACGAUUCUUAUAUUGAUAGUUACAUUAGUACCAUUGGUGUGGACUUUAAGAUCCGCACUGUGGAGCAGGAUGGGAAAACAAUUAAGUUACAAAUAUGGGACACUGCUGGACAAGAACGCUUUAGGACAAUUACCAGCAGUUACUACCGUGGGGCUCACGGCAUCAUUGUGGUUUACGAUGUGACUGAUCAAGAGAGUUUUAACAAUGUGAAGCAAUGGUUGAACGAAAUUGACCGUUAUGCAAGUGACAAUGUUAACAAGCUUCUCGUUGGAAACAAGUGUGAUCUCACAGCACAGAAAGUUGUUUCAACUGAGACAGCCAAGGCACUUGCGGAUGAAAUCGGGAUACCUUUUCUGGAAACUAGUGCGAAAAAUGCCACUAAUGUUGAGCAGGCAUUCAUGGCCAUGUCUGCAGAGAUCAAGAACAGGAUGGCGAGUCAGCCCGGGAUGAAUAAUGCCCGACCGCCAACUGUGCAGAUCAGAGGACAGCCUGUGAAUCAAAGUUCUGGCUGCUGCUCGAGCUGA